AAGAGAGGAGGGGCUCAUUUAGUAACUUAUGAAUUUUCUAUAAAACCCGAAACCCUAACUUAUUUCUCAGUCUCUGUAUCCCUUCCUCUCUCAGCAGUCGCGGCGGCCGUUCUUCGCUCCGAGCAUCUUGAUUUUGUGAGGAUGGUGAGAGUUAGCGUGUUGAAUGAUGCUCUCAAGAGCAUGUACAAUGCUGAGAAAAGGGGGAAGAGACAGGUCAUGAUCAGGCCUUCUUCAAAAGUUAUCAUCAAGUUCCUUAUGGUUAUGCAAAAGCAUGGUUAUAUCGGUGAGUUUGAGUAUGUUGAUGACCAUAGAUCAGGAAAGAUUGUGGUUGAACUCAAUGGUCGCUUGAACAAAUGUGGGGUCAUCAGUCCCCGAUUUGAUGUUGGUGUCAAAGAAAUUGAGCCAUGGACUGCUAGACUUCUUCCUUCAAGACAGUUUGGGUACAUUGUUUUGACUACAUCUGCUGGAAUUAUGGACCAUGAAGAAGCAAGGAGGAAGAAUGUUGGUGGUAAAGUGCUUGGUUUCUUCUACUAAAUGUUUGAGAUUUUGGGACGGGCAAAUGCGUAAUUUAGGGUAGAAGAAGUCUUUGAAAGAAAUUUGUGUUUGUGUUUUUCGAGAUUGGAUUUUUGUUAAGGCGAGAUCAUGGUUUUGGGUUGGAGUUGACGAUGUCAUGUUGGACAUUUUCCAUAUUUUAGGUUUUUAAAUUUUCUGGCAUUACAUUUACCUACCUCUCUUUUGGAUCAAGUAUUUCUCAUUUUUAAUUUUUAAUGUUAUAAGACAUUUCUUUUA